AUGGAUCCAUGUCUAGUAACCGAAGAACUAACUACUGCUAAACGCGAGUAUGAGUCCUUUUUCAAGUCCUUAGUGCCCGCAGCACCUACCCCAGUUAUACCCCUCGACUUCUACGGCAUUACAAGACGUAGGUCAACCAACCUGCAGUUCUUAAAAGGUGUCACCUUGGAGAAUCUCAAUGUUAUGAUAUACGUUUCCACCGCUGGAUGGUCAAUUAUGUCUCAGGACGACAAUCCCCUUGGAUCAGAGGUUACGAAUGCCAGCUAUGAAACCUUCGAGGCCCUCAUGAUGAGAGUUUCUCCUGGCUUUGCCAAAAUGUUCAACGAUACCCUCUCCAAUAAGCUUCAAGGGUUGUUGAAUGCUGAAUCGCUGGGAUACAAAGGAGACUGCUGA